AUGGGUAUCAAAGGGCUUCAUGGUCUUCUCAAAUCCAUACAAAAACAAUGUCAUCUCAAGAAUUAUAGCGGGCAGACUCUAGGAGUUGACGCCUAUGGAUGGCUCCACCGCGGCACCGUCGCCUGCUCCGUGGACUUGGUCCUAGACAGGCCGACAAGGAAGCAUCUCGAUUUCGUCCUCAACCGAGUCCGCAUGCUUCUCUUCUUCGGUGUCACCCCAUAUCUUGUGUUCGAUGGCGACAACCUUCCUAGCAAAGCGGGCACUGAACAAGACAGACAUAGAAGACGUCAGGAGAGCAAGGCGAUGGGACUGGAGCUUCAACGCAAAGGCCGAAUACCGGAGGCCUAUCAAGAGUUCCAGAAAGCCGUCGAUGUGACACCGCACAUGGCCCGUCAAUUGAUCGAAGAAUUGAAGGAGAUGAAUGUUCAAUAUGUUGUGGCACCAUAUGAGGCAGACGCUCAGUUGGUGUACCUUGAGCAGCAAGGUCUCAUUCAAGGAAUUAUUUCGGAGGAUUCGGAUUUGUUGGUGUUUGGUGCAAAGCGGCUAUUGUCGAAAUUGGAUCAACAUGGUGAUUGCAUCGAGAUCAAUCGUGCAAAUUUCACCGCCUGUCGUGAAGUCAGCUUAGUUGGUUGGAGCGAUGCAGAUUUCCGACGCAUGUGCAUUCUGAGUGGAUGUGAUUAUUUGGCCAACAUCCCGAAGAUGGGAUUAAAGACUGCCUAUCGCAGUAUUCGCAAGCACAGGACUGUGGAGAAGACAUUGCGCAUGCUACAGUUUGAAAACCACAUGCAGGUCCCAGCUGACUACCUGGCCAACUUUAAGCAGGCUGAGCAUACUUUUCUCUAUCAGCGUGUCUUCUGCCCCAAUGCUAAGAAGGUAGUGACCCUCACAGCCCCCGAAGAUGGGAUCAACCUUGACGAGCUGCCAUUUAUCGGCGCCGACGUGGAGGCUGAGAUCGCGGCUGGGGUGGCAUGCGGUGACUUAGACCCAACAACCAAGAAACCGAUUGAGUUGCAACCAUUGGCUGCAGGUAAAUUGCCCCUGGGCAUCACUCGCCGUCAGACUUUGGGGUCAUCUUUAGAGCUGAAGCCAAGCAAGCCUAUCAAUUCCUUCUUCACCCCAAAGAGAACUCCGCUGGGCGAGCUCGAUCCGAACAGUCUCACCCCGUCUCCGAGCCAGCAACGCCUCCUGGAGCGGAAUGCGAACAACUCCUGGCAAGCCAACUCGGCUCCCUAUCGCUCCGACCAGAGUAGAUCGACGCCUUUCCGCGCCCUAUCUGCUCAGGGCGCCAGUCCUAUGGUUCGGAGUGUCGAGUGCAACUCAUUCUUGGCACAAGCCGCCAGAGUAUCUACUCUGCAGCCGACGAAGCGCCAGAGGCUGUGCUCUGAAACCGAGGACGAUCAGCUCGCGGCUCGCCCAGACUUUCGCAGCCGCUUCUUUGCUUCUCAUGCCGAACAAGCCAGCCCCAGCGGACAGAAGGUCUCUCGGACUAAGAAACAACGCAAGUCGACUUUGGAUGUCUUCUCUGAUGAGGUAGCCGAAGAUAUCUUCUCUGGGAUUCCUGAUCCAGCAUCCCAGGCCGAUGUCGCGGAGACUCCAAUCAACAGCCAUGUUGCAAAGGCGGAUGACGAAGGCGGGGAAGCGAGGCCAUCUAUGCUGCAACCUAGAGCUGGUAGUGCGCUGCCCGAAGAUGAAGGUAAGCGUUUGGACCAUUCGUCCGAGGAUCCGAAACUCGACCAAGCUGUAGAAUACCACGUUCAACGACAGAAUUCGGCAAUACUUUCAAAGUACGCUUUCCAGUCAGGCCCCAAGUCUAGCUCUAGCAUACCUCGCCCGGCCGGGACAAAGACUCCCGUCAUUCAGUCCAGCAACAAGCCCGCAUUGCUUUCGUCACCCAGAACCUCCGCGGUGGUUACGCAAAGCAGAGUCCCGCAGCGUCAGCGUUUGACACCUUUGCAGCGUAUGGAGCAAACCGCGCUGACGCGAUCCCACACUAUCAACUUCCCAACAAAGCUUCGGCAGGCCGACUCUUUGAAAUCCCAGACCGAUCACGAAACCGAAUUUGCAUCGGGACCAUCAUCCACUAGCAGUGGCAUCCAAGGCAGUGAAGAUCUGAUCGUGCCCGACAGUGAUGAGGAGGUAGAGGAGGAUCACAGCAUUUCUGCACAGACCACACCGUUGGAUCUGAAGCGUUUCUCGUUUGCAGCGAACUAA